GCGGCGGGGCCGCCCGCCGAGCCGUGCCCCCUUCCCCGUCCCGGAGAGACGGUGGCUCGGGGCCGCCGGCCGGGCCGGUGGUGUCUGCGGGGCGAGGGGGGCCGCGGCGGGGCGGCCGCGGAGGGGCCCCGCUCCGCCCCGCGCCCCGCUCCCGCGCGCCCGGGCCCCCCGGCCCACGCCGCUGGGUGACCAUGGCCUGGGCGCUGAAGCUGCCGCUGGCGGACGAGGUGAUCGAGUCUGGCCUGGUGCAGGAUUUCGAUGCCAGCCUGUCGGGCAUCGGCCAGGAGCUGGGCGCUGGGGCCUACAGCAUGAGCGACGUCCUCGCCCUGCCCAUCUUCAAGCAGGAAGAAUCGAGUUUGCCUCCUGAGAACGAGAACAAAAUUCUGCCCUUCCAGUACGUGCUGUGCGCAGCCACCUCCCCGGCAGUGAAGCUCCACGAUGAAACGCUCACCUAUCUCAACCAAGGGCAAUCGUACGAAAUCCGGAUGUUGGACAACAGGAAAAUCGGGGAGUUGCCAGAGAUAAAUGGGAAACUGGUGAAGAGCAUAUUCCGGGUGGUGUUUCACGACCGGCGGCUGCAGUACACGGAGCAUCAGCAGCUGGAGGGCUGGAGGUGGAACAGGCCUGGGGACAGGAUCCUGGAUAUAGAUGUCCCGAUGUCCGUGGGGAUCAUUGAUCCUAGAGCAAAUCCAACCCAGCUCAAUACAGUGGAGUUUCUAUGGGAUCCUUCAAAGAGGACUUCGGUGUUUAUCCAGGUUCACUGCAUCAGCACCGAGUUCACCAUGCGGAAGCAUGGGGGAGAGAAGGGGGUGCCCUUCCGGGUCCAGAUAGACACCUUCAAGGAGAACGAAAAUGGGGAGUACACGGAGCACCUGCAUUCUGCCAGCUGCCAGAUCAAGGUCUUCAAGCCCAAAGGAGCUGAUAGGAAGCAGAAGACGGACAGAGAGAAGAUGGAGAAGCGAACGCCUCACGAGAAGGAGAAAUACCAGCCUUCCUACGAAACUACGAUACUCACCGAGUGCUCUCCCUGGCCAGAGAUAACGUAUGUCAAUAACGCGCCAUCCCCCGGCUUCAACAGCUCCCACAGCAGUUUUUCCAUUGGCGAAGGAAAUGGCUCCCCAAACCAUCAACCCGAGCCUCCCCCUCCGAUCGCAGAUGUAAGUCACACUUCAGAGGUUAUGCUUGUGAACCUCUUGCCGACAAGCACGCCGCAGGAGGCCCAGCAGUGGCUGCACCGAAACCGCUUCUCCACUUUCUCACGGCUUUUCACAAACUUCUCAGGUGCAGAUUUACUGAAGCUGACCAGAGAAGAUGUUAUCCAGAUCUGUGGCCCUGCAGAUGGCAUCAGGCUCUUCAAUGCAUUGAAAGGACGGAUGGUGCGGCCCAGACUGACCAUCUACGUGUGUCAGGAGUCCCAGCAGCUGCGGGACCUCCAGCAGCAGAAACAUGAGGACGGGGACACAGCCAGCAGUACUUUCUUUGUGUACCACGCUAUUUAUCUGGAGGAGCUGACAGCUGUGGAACUGACGGAGAAAUUAGCCCAGCUCUUCAGUAUCUCUUCUCAACAGAUCAGCCAGAUUUACAAACAGGGUCCAACAGGGAUACACGUGCUGAUCAGCGACGAGAUGAUACAGAACUUCCAAGAUGAAUCAUGUUUUGUUCUGGACACCAUGAAAGCUGAAACCAAUGAUAGCUACCACAUCAUCCUAAAAUAGGAGGGGACGGGAUGAGGAGUGUGCGCGGUCCCCUCGUCACGCACAAAGACCCUUCGCUUACAGCACAAGGACACGAGCAGAGAUCUGGAAAUUGCUGGGCAGCUUCUCGAAAGACCCUGACCUGUCGGUUACUCUGCUGGACUUUCUCGCGGGCGGCCUCCUUGCUCCUACGGCAUGCAAGCUGCCACUGAUGGUAACGUGCUGCUUAACCGCUGGAGCUGUGAGGCCGGAGUUACCAGGUUGCACUCUCACGUAGCUAUCGGUAGAAAUUUGCCACUGGGACGUAAGACCUGCGUGAGGGCUUUUCCGUGGCAAACGUGCUCUGCUUUUCCGAGAGGCAUCGGCUCCCACGACGCUCAGACUCGCGAGUGAACGUCGAUUAAACUGCCCCAACAAACACUUUCUCUCUGGCACAUGCUGAGCUGAGCAGGUCUCAAAUGUGCUGCGUACUGCGCUGAUGGAGUGGUAGGCUAGGGCUGGGGGUGGGGGGGACUUUUUUAAUUAUUUUUUUAAGCUUUCCUUUAAUAUUACAAUGCAUCUGUCAGACAAAGGUGGUGACUUCGUUUUCUCCUCUCCGCCCGCCCUGGAAGCGGUGUUGGCUUUGUGCAUGGGUGUGGUUGUGCCGCCAUCCUUCCCUUGCGCGUACCAAGGUUGUCAGGAAUUUAUAUACAGAUGUAGUUUGUACGGAUGUACACAGUCGGAGCAAAACGUGGAGUGAAGCCAAGUGAAACUGGAUAAAGAAAUAGCUAACUAGUUUGGUCUGUGGGGUUUUUUUCUGCAUGUUUUAAGAGUCUCAAGGGGAAGGAAGGAAGACGUAGGUGUCCCUCAUGAAAAUUUGAGCGGUAGCUGCAUGCUGACUUGUUUUCUGCCCCUGCGUCCCCUGCCCAGUCUCCAGAGCUGACCAGUGCUGGCCAAGCCCUGCCUGCGCUAAGGAGGAAUGAGGCAAGUCAGAGGGGUUUAUUCAAAACUGCUGGACUUGGUGACAAAAGUGCCUAUGUGCAGGUGGCCAGGACAGCAGCCGAGCGGGUACUGGAUGGUACUUGCCUGUCUGUAAGAUCGCGGUCGAGAUCAGGAUGCCCUGGAUAACACCUGCUUCUUAACCAAGUGGGACUUAGCAUUACCCGAGAAAGUUUUGAGCAAAAUAAGUAGGGAAAAAAAUACACUAUAAAUCAGGCGUCUUAUUUGAAAUGAGGCUGCAGCGAGACCCAGCACAGGGCAGAAGACAUCGGUCCUGGUUCAGGCCAGGGAAGGUCCCACGGGGUGAGCGGAGGCACCGGUGUAUGCGACAAUCUGACAGUCACAUCCCUGCUGCUAAAAUACUGGCUGCUCUUCUUUAUUUAUAAGCCAUAAAAUAAUCCGUUCCCGACAUCCUCAUCCGUCUCCUAAAAAAAAAUCUCUUUUCCUUGGAGAUGCAAAUCAAAAUACCCAAAACGAAUGGGAGCUGGUGGGGGUGGGAAGGCCAGACCUUCCCGUCCCGCGCCGGCCGAGCGUUGCAGCCCCGGUGUGUUAUCCUGCCUGCGUGCGAGGGGCCCGUGGGCCGGCAGCUCUCCAGAUACAGCUCUUCCGAACGGCGUCUGCUCCCCCUCGCCCCCAAACCGCCUCCCAGCCAUGUGCCGGCCCAGAUAUCUGAAUCCGCUCCGGUGCCAGCACGGCUGGGUUUCGUUUUGAAGCCACCGGUGGGUUAUUCCAAGCCGGGAGCAGAGAUGCAAGCGCUCCUCGAACUGCUGCCGAUCCCCACGGGAGCCGUAAAUCGGCUCAGGGCAGCGAUGCCAGGAAAAGCCAUGUAAAACCGGAUUUUGCUCGCUUCUCCCGGGAGCGGUGCGGCGAGCGCGGGGUGCUGGUGGCAGCUCACUGUUUGUAUGUAUUUUAGCACGCCCAGUGCUUGGGAAGAUGUGUACUUUAAUCCGGGUUCUGUUCCGUUUUUCCUGUUAGUAUGCCAGCAGUGUAAUCAGACAUGUACCAUAGCGACCUGGACUUGGUAAACUUUUUCUAUCGAUGUU